GUAACUAGAUUAUCUAAUAAAGUCCAAAAGGAGCGUAGUGAGCAACAUGAAAAUGAAGUGAUCGAUUUUUCAGACCACUUCUCAUUAGAAUCAGUUAAGGAGAGACUGAAUUUAUAUGAUGUAUCUAAUAUACCCAAUAAACAAGCCCUAGCCGAUGUAAUGAUAAUGCUCUGUAUUCGUCCUGCUGAAAUUAAAAACUUGCGUCAACAAGAUAUUCCUCGAGUGUUUAGAUCACUAGAAAAGAAUGAGGAGCAGGCUAAGCAACUCCUUACUUGGAUUCAGGAAGCAAUUUCUUCCGAACAGUUAAAAGACCCCGGAAAGCUUAGAUCUACAUACUUAAGUGCAUUUCUAAAAAAAGAUGAAUUUAUUCCUGAAACAGAAAGUCGUAAACCACUACUUCUUAGCUCUUUGUGCAAAUUAGGGGCAGUGUUUGCAGUUGUAUCGAAUGGUGCGAAGAAUUUAUCAGAGGCUAUGACCAUUGCCAGUCAAGCUCUUCGACAUUCGCCAGACAACCAUGCCUCCCUAGCACAAAACUAUACUAUAGUGAAUUUCCGCCAGAGAGAACAACUUUAUGAUCAGGCAAAGGCAUUCAAGCUCUCUGAUGAAAACUAA